UCUCACUAAUCACAUUUGCCCACAGUGUUCAGCAACGGACACAUCUCCUCCUCCAGCAGCAUCCCCCAUCCUCCACUGUCUCACACACAUUUUUACAACAAACCCUCGGCCGAAAAAAAAAACUUGCAGAAAUGUCUCGCUGGAUUGUCAACCUCCUCUUGGUCGUCCUUGGAGUGGCUGCUCUCUCUAGCCAGGCAUGGGGACAGUGUUCGAAGUUCGGCCACUCGUGCUACGGCGGACACGGCAAGCGAAGCGAGGACCAAUACCCUUCCAGCAUCGACUACGCAGCAGCCAAUCAGGUUCCCGCCCUCGCCCUCAAGGCAGCCCAGGACGACGCCCUGACCUGGGAUGGCUCCGCCCCCUCCGUCUCCAACCCCGAGAUCAUCGCUAAUGUUCGAAACUGGCUGUCUGUCCUCGGCCGUCGUCUCCGCCAGAGGACGUCUUCUCAGUCUGCUACCUCGGCGUCGCAGUCUUACGGUUUCCUACAGUAGGAAGUCGUUGCCUGAAACCUCGAAACAAACAACAACAACAACAACAAUAUGCCGACGAGUCCUGACAGCUCAAAUUACGACCACAUUAAUAAUAAUAACAAAAAGGAGGAAACAAAAAAGAGAAAAUGACGACGUCGAUGGCGAUGACAAUCCACGAACGGCGUCAUGUUUGUUUUUGGUUUUCCCUCUCUCCGCGUGGGUGUUCCAAUAUGGCUCCUCCUGUUGAUGUUCUGUUGCCGAUAGCGUUCGCGAGGUAGACCGCAUUCGUGUGGAUUCAUCUUCUCCUGGGAUGGUUUGACGGUGCGAAUGACGGGUUCGAGUGGGACGAGAUCUGUGUCUCCGAUAAAUGCUAAAUUCCAAGAUAAAACUGAAAUAUACAAAAAUAAAGAUGGAGGAGGAGUUUUUACAAAAUGGUUUUAUAUUUAUCAUGAGUUGUUUUCCCCCUCAUUUCACCCUUAAUUCAGUUUAGGAAAUCGUUUCCAUCCAUUGUUAAGUUCCAAUGUCAUUUAACACCUCCACCAUCACAACCUCUCUUCCUUCAAAUCCUUAAAGCACAAGAGCCCACACAAAUUACCUAAAUUCACAACCUGCCGACAAGCACACACACACACACACACACACGCACACACACACACACACACACACACACACACACACACACACACACACACACACACACACACACACACACACACACACACACACACACACACAAUCAGACAGACAAACAUACAUACAUAUACACAGACAACUUACAGACAGACAGACAUGUACCUGACUUCUCCAUCUGCACUGGUUAUUAAAAUCGCGAGACCAAUAUUACCACGGAUCCGUCACGGUACAAGUGACAUAUUGACAUUCCCAAGCAGAAAACAAAGCUUACUGAAAGCCGUCUCAUCAUUCAUCUUCAAGAGGAAAUCUUCCCACACGACGCUGCUUAUCUUCGCAUCGCAAAUGUUAAACAAAGAGAGAAAAAAAAAGUUUUAAGAUGUAUUUUCAGCCUGAAUAUAACCAAAUACACAUAUCUGUAUAAAUGAAUGUUAGUCCACACAUAGGCCACUACUACCCCAGUAUCUUCUGUCACUGUUGUACAUGCAAGGAAUAUGUGUCACCCACAUUAUUACUUCUAUUUCGCUUGUAUAUUCUACUAAAAUAAGGGUCGUGGAAAUAGGAACACCAUAACACACCACUGAGGGCCAUUUGUAAUACCCAUUAUAUAAAAUUUUCUGAUGUACUAUAUGAUUUUUAAAAAAUAAAAUGUCGGGGUCUCUAUGUAACGACAUAUUAACUUUUAGCUUGUCUACUCCUCUUAAAAUAUGACUAAGCUAUAAUGUUUGCAGACUUUAUAAUAUAUAACGAUAUGUAACAGUGUUCUGAAACUCCCAACUGUCUUGUCUAUAUGCUACAUAGUGUCCUAGGGGCUGGGCGGUUGCAGGCUUAUUAUAUCUGUGGCUGUAUCAUAGAGAAGAAAAUCGAAAUAAAAAAAACUUUCAUUUUGUGGUCGAAA